AUGGAGAACAAGCGCAAAGCGAGCGCUGCUGGCCGAGGAGGAGGAGGUGCCGAGGGUAGUGAACCCGCAGCGAAGAGGCGCAAGUUACCUUCGGACUUUCCAGACCUGACAAAGCAGGAAUCCCCCGAGUCUACCACUGCCUACGGCCUAGCUUUCCUCGAGGCAAUACGAAAGACGGCUGACAAACAUGGUCGAGGAGUCGCAGGAUACUUCGAGAAGCUGUUGCCCAGAGAGGGCAAUGAGGAUUACUACAGGAGGAUCCACAUGCCAGUGUCGCUAAGGGUGAUCGAGCGCCGACUGCACCGGUACGAGCUGGCGGACAUGACACAGUUGGAAAGCUGGAUGAAGCGCAUGGUCAACAAUGCAAAGGAAUUCUACUCUCGUGGCUCCCAGACAUACGAGGACGCCGAACGCGUGAGAAAAGCCACUAGCAAUUACAUGGUCAAAACGAACCCGGCAUACAAGAAAAUCCCAAAUUACGCCGCGACCCCAGCACCACCGCCUCCAGACUGGGACGUUGAUGCAGAGAUUGCAGCAGAAGACAUGCCUUCCGAACUGGCUGCCAGGGACAUGGCCUCUCGACCCCCGCAGCCAACGCGAACCCAGCAGCCCACGGGCGAUGAGGAUGCCGAGGGCGAAGACGAGGAAAUGCCCGAUGCAGAUGCCGAGGGCGAAGCUGACGAUGGCGACGCCGCCGAGGGCGACGCAGACGUCAGCCGGGGAUCAAAUACUCGAAUAGUGCUCAAGAGACGUGGUGGACGCUCAAAUGAGACUGAAGACACGCCCGACGCACGAUCGGCAAGCGACAACAAGGGUGGGGCACAGUUCUCAGAGGUGCCCUACCAAGGUCUGAACUUCCAGCAGGCGCAGGAGAAGCUAGUGGACGAGUUGUCCACACGUCAGGAAGAAGAUGAUGAAUGGCCAUACUUUGAGCCCUUUAUAAACCUACCCCCUAAAUCAUUGAAAGACUACUACCAACUCAUCGAUGAGCCAAUGUCCUUGAAGAAACUAUGGCGGGCCAUCAAAGGCAUGGUUGGCAGAGCCGGAGCAACAGGGGUUAGCGAGUUCAAGAGUUGGGCUGCUUUAGAAGAAAAGGCGAGCCUGCUUUGGAGCAACGCAUUCUACUACAACGAGGAGGGCAGUGAAAUAUUCGAGUUGGCAAAAGAGCUGAAAGACGCCUUCUAUGAACAGCUCAAUGAGGCCAAGGCAUGCGUGGAGGAACCGCCUCAGCCUAAGAUCAUCUUGAGGGCGCCGUCAGCACAGGCGCCACAGACUCAAUCGGGGCGACCCAAACGGAUCACUAUUCAUGUCGGCGGGGGCAGGGAGGGCUCCCAAGGCUCCCCGGCGCCACAGGCGUCUCACCCUACUCCUGCCCAGGGGGCUGGCGAUGGAGCUGUCAAUGGAGCUGCCGCACGGCCGGCUCCCGUUAACCCGGUAGCAGCGAACCUUGCCCAAGCUGCUGGGCCAGGUACACCAUCUGCGGUGAUGAAGCGCGAGGACUCCAACAGAGCAUCUCCGUCUGUUCCGCCCCCGAUGAACAACGGCUACAGCUCAAGUGCUUUCAGGCCUGUCAUGCUGCCCCCGGUCAACGGCCUUGGCCAGCCUGCGCCUCAGCACGGCUCACCAAAUGGACUCGCGCCCGGACAACAACAACAACAACAACAGCAACAACUACAACUACAACAACCGGCUGCACUAUACGACUCCAUGUUCCGAUGUGCGGGAGCAGGUCUGGCGGAGGCUGUCUUGGCGAACUUAUGCUUACGCACGCCAUUGGACAACAACGCGGAGAAGCGGUUCGUUUUUAAUGUGCCCCCCCAUCCGAAACUACUACAACAGUCUUUCACGGUCAACCUCGCGGCCAACCAGUGGAAGCUCCAAAUCGUGCCCCGCGUCUCGCCGGUCCUCGAGCAACAGCAACGCCCUUACAAGCUGUAUGUGGUCGUCAAUGGACAGACUCUCGCCCGCGGUGUUCCAACUCCACGCGACACGAUCCAGAACGGAGAGCUCCUGUAUGAUGCACAGCUCCAUCAAGGUGUCAACACCAUUGUGUUACAGAUGAUUGCCGCGCUGCCGAAAGGCCAGAAGCUGCCCAACGGCUCCGACGCAGUGCUCGAGAAGGUCACUAUCCUUGCGAAUGUUGUGAAGCAGUACUAA